ACAACCAGUAACCGCACUCAUCCCCACUCCGAUCUCCCAAUCCGGCGCCGGAACCCUAGCCCGCCGCCGCCGCCGCCGCCGCCAUGCCGCCGCGCCGCUCCAAGGGCACGGCCAAGGCCACCGACGACGAGCCCGUAGAGGAGGCCGCCCAGGUCGACGCCAUGUCCGAAGAUGAGGCCGACGCCGAGGAGGAGUCCUCGGCGAGCGGAGCCGAGGAGGAAUCCGGCGGCGAGGAAGCCGCCGAGCCCAAGGCCGAGGAGAUGGACGCGGAAGCCGGCGACACCAAGGCCGAGGAGAUGGGCGCCGAGCCUGCCGCCAAUGGCGCAGAUGCGGGGCAGACCAACGUAGAGGCGCCGGACGCCAAGGCUGAAGCGGAAGCCGACGAGAGCGGCUCCGACCGCGAAGCAGACGCUGAUCCAGAGCCGGAAGCAGAGGAAUCCGACGGGGAGGCUGAGGAGCAGGCCGCUGCAGCAGGCGGCCAGAGUGGCGGGGAAGCCGCUGAAACCGACGGCGAGGAUGAGGAAGAAGAGGCCGCCGCCGCCGCCGCGGGAGAGGAGGAAGCCGCUGAGGCUGGCGGCGAGGCCGAGGAGGACGGGGCGGAUUCCGAUCCCGAAGGCGAGGGCAGCGACGCCGCGGAGGAAUCUCCCCCGCCCUCCCCUCCAGCCCGCGGCCGCCGCCGCAAGCGAGCGGCCACGCCUGAGCCGGACGACGAGGAGGAGGAGACGCCCGUGCCCCCGCGCAGGCGGCGGCGCCGCCGCAAGGCGGGGGAGCGCGGGGACUCCCCGCCGCCGCUGCCGGACGACCUCCGGUGCCGCAGGAGCGAUGGCAAGAAGUGGCGCUGCUCGGCUCGUUCGCUCCCCACCGUCAGCUUCUGCGAGUACCACUACGCCAGGGCUAGCAAGGGCAAGAAGCCGCCGGCCGACGGGGAGGUCCUUGCCGUGGCUCUGCAGCGGCAGAAGAAGAACAAGAGGAAUGGGAGGAGACGCCUCAAUCUCACGCCGGAAUCGCCCAAGGCCACCAAGGAUCUCCCCAAUGGGUUGAUGACCAUCUCUCCGGGGAGCAGCGGGGCUGUAGGCUCGCCUGUCAUGACGAAGGUCGGAGUGGAUGUUCCCGCUCCUAUCCGGCGGUGCUACCGGUCCAAGAAUGCCGAUCCAGUGCCUGUUGGCCCUGUCAAGGUUGUUCCUCGUGCAAUGAGUAAAGCAAAGGAGGCACAGAUGUCCUGCCACCGUUGCGGAUUGAAGAAGGUUGCGCGCGUUGUCAAGUGCAACAACUGUGAGAACAACUACUUCUGCAACAGCUGCAUCAAUAAAUGGUAUUCUGGGAUAUCUAGGAAGGAUAUCAAGAUGCAAUGUCCAGUUUGCCGUGGCCGCUGUGAUUGUAAAAGGUGCAACCUUGGCCUGACUAAGCACAAGGAACUAAUCAGGAUUAAAAUCUGCAACCACCAAUUGUACAAGCUUUUACCGUUGAAGCUUAACCAGGAACAGCUUGAUGAAUUGGAAAUAGAAGCUAAGAUACAAGGAACAAAAAUAUCCAAUAUCCGUGUCCAGGUAGCUGAAGACGACCAGAGUGGGUCACUUUACUGUAAUAACUGUAAGCUGUCCGUGCACGAAGUCUUACGAAGCUGCCCAAGAUGCCCUUUUAAGCUGUGCCUAAGUUGCUGUCAGAAGAUGCGUGAGGGAAAUAUGUCUGGCAGCACCCCUGAAGAUAAAUUUACGCAACGACUGUUGCAGCAAGAGUCAGCCCAUGAGGAUGGCAGCAUUAGUUGCCCUUCCAUUGAGUUGGGUGGCUGUGGGGAUGAUUCUCAGCUAAACUUGAUAUAUGCAUCCCCAUCUGACCAGCCUGAGGAACUCAGUUCAGGAGACGAGCUAGAUGCUCCAGGCAAUCAUUCAGGAGUUCAAGAUGAUCAACCUCAUUCCUCUCCUUUAGCAGAGAGUAAUGGUGCUAGAUUGUCCGGUGACCAGCAGGAAUCCAUGUCCACAUAAUUGCUGGAGAUGUUGCAGUUAUCCAUUCAUCUUUCAGGUGUGAGUGUCAUAACUUGCGGGAUUGGAUAUGGUCUGAAGUCGGUAGAGGUUAGAUUGCCCAAUCUAGUGUGUGAUUAUCGGCUAGUGCAGCCAUUGAUUUUAGGUCCGUGACCUGUUGGGGAUAUUCUCAAGUAAUUCUUCCAUGCUGUUUGUCUUUUGUUUAGACAUUAUGCUGGUUACCAGUGUAAAUAGGGCAUGACUUUAUUUGUCAUCGGUAGAAAGCUGGUUGAAGCUUUGUAUCAGUCGUUCUGUCAUUAAAUUUAGAAAGCUGUCUGUACUCUAUUGGCUAUUGUCGUGUUUGGAAAGUGUCGUAUGCUAUUGGAUUAUUAGUAGUCUUCUGAAAUAAACAUUACUGUGGGAUAGCUACAUUGAAUAUGUAUUCCUGAUUUCUGGCCCA